CCAUGUGUUUGCCCAUCCCGUGUCGUGCGUUUUCCGAGACCAGUCGAAAUUGAGAUCUGCUCGCGUUCGGUUCGAUUCUCUAGCUUCUAGCGGUGUUAUCGGUGCUUUAGUGUUCCUGUGCUGUGGGGCGCAAACUUGUGCUGCUCCACCAAGUGGUUGUUGUUUGGUCUAGUCUGGAGUCUGUUACACCUCCCCACCCUCCCUUCUAGAGCCCUUUCAGAGGGUUGUUCGUUUGGGGGUCCCGACGCAGUGCAUGUGUUUGUGUGUGCUGGUGCCUAGUGCAGUGUACUUUCCUUCAGUUCUGCUUACUGGCUUGCAGUUGCUUUUGUCAGCCACCCCAAUCCGGUUGGGGGUGGUUUUCGAUUUCGGUCGGUUUGAUGUGUGAUCUCGGGUAGUGAAGAACAAGAAGACAAAAGAGGAUUUCCCGGAAAAGAGCUGUAGUCACGAUAGCCAAAUAUGAUAAGAAGUAAUCUAAUUUUUGGCUGAGUAAAUGAAAUGUGUAUGCAGUGUACAGGAAUCUUACCCACUCAGGCUCGAUGAAAGAGAGCAAAUAGGAGAUGAAUAUGCAGCACAGCCGCCAUCAAAACGGACAUCCCCGUUGUAAAGGAUAUCGUCAAUAAUGGUGUUGGAAGACAACAAGAUAUUCGAAGUGGAUUAGAGUUAACUAGAGUAGAAGUUAAAUGAUAGUUUCGCAAGUUAGUUCAAGAGUAGUUAUAAAACCAAUCGAGAAGAGUGUCUGGAAUCGGUGAAGAAAAGUGUGAAGAGUCCCCCUUCCUGGAAUAGAGUGAACCUAGCAAAGUUUAAGCUGCUUCGAGUGGCUUUAGUGGGUGGUCGUCAAGUAAGCCAAUCGAAAAGUGCCACUCUCGUCAACAUAACUAAACCGACUGCCGGCGGUCAGCCUCAAUCACGACGCCUAGCAAAGGGAAAAGUGCUGAAAAGUGUUUGCCAUUAACCUAAUCAAGUUUGUCGUUAAAAUGUGGAAUCGUCUUUCGCCGACCAAUUCCAAUAAACUGAUGCUCGAACAUGGUAAUCAUAGCAAUAUUAGAUGCAAUAAUAACAAUACCACCACCACCUCCAGCCAUCCCUGUAGGACAGGUGCAGCGAUCGCCGGUGCCCUCUGUGCUGUCGUCACUCCUUCCAUCAUCGCCACCACCAAUAAAACCAAUAACUCCAAUAAUAACAACAGUAGUAGCAAUUUUAAUUCCAAAACCACCACCACCACUACCACCACCAAUAAUACCACCACUAGUACUUCUACCAGUAGUAGCAAUAAUAAGCCCAACAAAAUUUUAUCGAUCGAUAUGGAAAUCCGUAUACAAAAUAAGUGUAUUUCAGCAUAGCGGAUCACUCUGGAGGGACCGGAACCCCCCUGGAUGCAAGGCCCCCUCAAGGUGGCAUUUCUGGGGGCCUCCGGCGUCGGUCGCACUAGUAUACUGCAGCAAUUUUUCAAGCAUGACUUCCCGAAAACCCACGUUCGCACCAGCCGACGGUCGGUUUACCGCAGCUGUUUGGUGUGCGACACUUGCAUCCGGGAGCUGAUGGUGAUCGAUGUGCCGCCACAGAGACGCUUUCCCGUCGACAAUCUUGCCGAGUGGAACAACGGCCACCCGCUGGGGCUCCGAACGGUGCACACCUACGUGCUCGUGUACGACAUGGGCAACCUCGAGACCUUCCAGUACUGCCGCAGCAUGCGUGAUCAAAUCUUAGAAAGCUUUAAUCAUCGUGAUUUUAAAAUUAUGGUUGUGGGCAACAAACUCGAUCUGGUAUCCGAAACCAUUCCGCACACUCAGGAAUUAAAAGAUAUCUCAACGCUGGUUCGAAAGCACUGGCGAUGUGGUUACGUCGAAUGUUCCGCCAAGCACAACUACAAAAUUGGCGACAUUUUCAAAGAACUGAUGGGCUACCCGGUGGGCGGCACGGCACCCAAGCUGGAGUUUUCCCAAUCGAUUAGGAACAAAAACAAAUGCACCAUUCUCUAGUAGUAGCUGUAAAGUGCGCUAUGCAGGCGCGGGUGCAGAAUGACAAAAAAACGGUGCCACAAAGUUGCAUUGCAGCAGCAGCCUUCCUCUUGUUGGAUGUCCGUGGUCGGGUCGAGAUGUUGCGAAAGACUUUGCCGAGUACGAAAACUGCGCCCGAUUUGGGCCGGGUGAUAUUGGAGUGAGGUACCAUAUUGUAAUUGGAGCACAAAUCGAUGCGUGAAAGGGGAUUGUGUCAACGAAAACAAGCCUAACAAUAGCGUUACACGUACACUAGUUAAGUGUAGGGAAGAAGUAAGGAUAACUACCGCAACCGUUUACGAAACUGUAGAUACAAUCGGAGAAACCCAUUCCAAAGCAGCAGAACCAUGUUGACUAUUGAUAUCUAGGAAGUUAAUCGUCGUUAAAUCGAUCGGCACACUUUUGUGUCACUUGAUGACUGUGUAAAGUUAUACGUACCGUGGAGGUAGGUGAAGUUAAUCGUGUCGCGGUGCUCCCCAGACCAGUGUUAUUAGAGAAAAAUCUUCAUCAAAAGCGUACUCACUAGUCGAUUUCUAUCGCU